AUGGAAGCCACGGCGGAGAUAGGCGGAACUCCGGUGAGCUCACGGUGGAAUCCGACGAAGGAACAGAUAAGCAUUUUGGAGAACUUGUAUGAACAAGGCGUGAGAACGCCGAGUGCUGAGCAAAUACAACAGAUUACGAAUCGGCUAAAGAGUUAUGGGCAUAUUGAAGGCAAAAAUGUGUUCUAUUGGUUUCAAAAUCACAAAGCAAGGCAAAGACAGAAGCAAAAGCAAGACCAUACCGCCACUUUGGCUUAUUUUAAUCACUUUCUUCCUCUUCCACCUUUUGCUCCCCAUUUUCCUUCCCCAAAUGUGGUUUGCAGCCCAUACUACGUACAUCAGAACAACGUCGGGGUUUAUCCACACCAACAAAGUAAUUCCACGACGAGGAGAUCAAAUAGUGAGAGAAGAAGCUGUACUAAUAAUCCCGGCUUUGGGUACCAAUCAUGUCAAACUGACAACCCCGCCACCCAAACUCUCCCUCUUUUUCCCACUCACCCAACUGGAGAUUUACAAGUUGGACCGCCGCCGCCGUCGCCGCUUCCUCCGCAGGCGAUGGCGUCGGCGUCGGCGUCGUCAUCUUCUGGAAUGUCUGCCGACGAGUCUUCUGGCGGCUGUCGAACUUACUUUGAAUUUUUUCUGUAG